CCCCCCCACAUCACCUUUGGUUUUCAUCCUCCCCGUCUUCUGCCCACACAGUCCUGUCCUUGUCCUUUGUCUGCAGCCAGUCUAUACCGGCAAGAUGAACCCCGCCGUGCAGAACCUCGUCAUCUCCCUUGGUGCCAUGCAAUUGGCCAAGAGGGUGCCGUUCGACGACCCCCAGGUGCUGACGUACGUCCGCAUCGCAUACGUCGCGACGCAGGUCCUCGUCCUCGGCGUGUACUACUACACCGGCCUGCAGAUCAAGAAGAAGAACGACCAGACGGUGCUCAAGUAUGUCGAGCCGAACCCGAUGGACCCUGGCGCGAACAAGCUGGUGACGACGACCGUCCGGGACUACGACCUGCAGGAGACGUCGAAGCUCAUGCGCGCGGUCUACUUCGGCGUCGCGAUGAUGGCGUUCAUGCACCUCUACAUGAAAUACACCCAACCGCUCUUCAUCCAAGCGCUCAUGGGCCUGAAGACGCUGUACGACGCGAAGCCGGUCGCGAUCCACGUGCUGGGCAAGCCCGCGGAGGGCGACCUGAAGCGGCCGUUCAAGGCGGGAGGGAUGUUUGGGGCGGCGUCGGACCCGCAGACGGACAAGGCGGCGAUCGACGAGGCCGAAAAGAAGGUCGGCAAGAAGGAGGACUGAUUGGUUGACCGCUAGCCGUGGUGCUUGUCGUGGCUCUGUGUGAGUGACUGCGCGUUAUGUAUGGUAGGAUCUGUGCGUUAGACGUGGGUCGCAAAAAUAUCACCUGUUAAUGUAUGUUGUAUCGGGCUCGCGCGAGGGAUGUGCGACGUCGUAUGCAUGCUCAACAGAGGAGUCGAGGAUGCGUUGAUAUCGCUGAUACGCUAUGGAUACAGUUGCAAAGUCCGUCUUCAGGCAAGCCUGAUCUCACAAGGUGCCAACGUCACCGUCGUUCCCCCGCGCUGCGCCGCUCUCGAACUGCCGCCGCCUAGGGUCCGCAUAGGCCGAAGCGAGCCGGUCGGCGGUCUCUUCUUUGGAGUCGGGGUUACGCCCGUACGGGUUGAGCGGGUCGAAGUCCCGUUUUGCGUCAUGGUCGAACGCGGCACGGGUGCGCGGGUCCGUGCCCUGUUUGGCGUCCUGGAGCUCGGACGCUAGGGGCCCGCCGUCGAGGGAUUGGGUGAUGAGGCCGGUGUCGUUGGAGGGGCGGGAGGGGUCGGCGCGGCGCUGGCUGGCGGGGGAGAAGGUGCCUGAGGAGCCGUACCCGCCUUCGGAGGUCGUGUCGUUCUCGGGCGGGUAGUUGGCGGUGGAGUAGUCGGACUGGUGGGCGAGAGCGUCGUUGUUCAUGGUAGGGCAGGUGUGAGGUGAGUGGGGCGUGCAGUAACGGGGGUGGUCCG